AAGACCCUCUAAGAUAUCCGCUGUUUAGCACUGGCCGCCUGGUUGUUUGCGUAGGCGGGCGUCGAUUCGAAACAACUGUUCGAAUAAUAAAUAAGUUUAGCUGGGAAAAUGUUUGACCAAGUUCAGUUAGAGCCAGUCUUGACUCCUUCGCCAUGUCCGAGCGACGCGCUGUGCACGAAAUACCAGUGGAAUACCAGCCAGUGCCCAAUCAACUGGGGGAACCACCAGCAUCCUCCGUAUCCUGCUGCAGGCGACCCUGCAGUUGCAAUUUUGCUGUCCGCGAUGAGCAGAAAGUGUGCUGCUGCGGUCACGGAUAUAUGGUGCCUGUUUUUGUGCUCUUCGUGCUGGUUAUGAUUGUACUCCUGUUGCCCUGGGAGACCUUUCACCAACACGAGAAUGAAAACGGCCCCUCUCCAGUGGAGACUCCGUUUCCAUGCCAACUCGAAUUGGUGGAGAGCCUGCCGUCUAGUUUAAACUAUAGCCACCCCCGGCUGAGAAGCACAUUUGAGGCCUGGCAGCUGCUACUGGGCAAGGCAAGGAAUUCGCUGGACAUUGCCGCCCCCCACUGGACACUUCGGGGGUUGGAUGUUAACGAUAGCAGUACUCUGCCAGGAGAUCACUUAUUUCAGCGGCUGCUUGCCAAUGGAGAUGUCGGAAAACCCAAGUUGCGAAUCCGAAUAGUGCUAAACCGCAGCCAGCAGAGCAUGUGGCAUGCGGAUGCCCGCAUCCUAUCCAACUAUGGUGCCGCAGAGAUUGUUGGCAUUAAUUUCCUGCAUUCCAAGCUAUGGCUGGUCGAUGGACAGCAUUUCUAUUUAGGUAGCGCUGAUAUGGACUGGCGUUCGCUUACCCAGCGUAAGGAACUAGGAGUCUUGGCCACAAAUUGCCCGCAUUUGGCUCAGGAUCUAGUCAAGAUCUUCAAGGCAUAUUGGUAUUUGGGAAAUAACGAAGUGCCCGACUACUGGCCCUGGAUCUAUCACACCUACAUUAACCAAAAAAGGCCCCUCUUGCUAAAUGUAAAUAAGAAUUUCACGAUGCGGGCAUUUGUUGCCAGUUCUCCGCCAGCAAUUUCGGCUACGGGUAGAACCCUAGAAUUGGAUGCCAUUUUGGGGACGAUUGAAAAAGCCUCUGAAUUUAUUUCAUUGUCCUUAAUGGACUACAAUCCAUUGUUAAGAAGUGAUAGCAAGAUUCAAUAUUGGCCUGUCGUGGACAAUGCCCUCCGUAGAGCUGCUUUAGAAAGAGGUGUGACCAUCAAACUCCUCAUUUCCUGGUGGAAGUACUCAGAUCCUACAGAGGAUCACUUUCUACGCUCGCUACAAGCUCUCAAUAAAAUGAAGGAGGAAGUAGACAUACAAAUUCGCCGAUACGUGAUACCCACCACAGACGAGCUGGAGAAGAUUUCAAGCGGAAGAGUUAGCUGCAAUUCCUACAUGGUCACGGAUGACAGCGUUAUUAUUGGUACUUCAAGUUGGUCUGGAGAUCACUUCAGCCGCGCAGCUGGAAUAGGUUUGUUUCUGAAGGACUUGGAAUAUAGCAACCACAGCCUCCGCACCGAUUUGUUGUCCAUUUUCCAGCGGGAUUGGUUCAGUCCCUUCGCUUUGCCAUUAAAGCCAAAUCUGAGGAUUUGAA